CAUUUGUUGACAUUGUUUUCAACAGUUUUCUUGUUUGAUUGUUUUGAUUUAAUUUUACAUUUUUAUCCAAUAUUUAACGAUGAAAAAAUCGUCAACUGAUGUUAAAGUGAAAAAAACUCUUGUAAGGCAUUGCGAACAAAAAAUCAGGGAGCCUCUGCAACCCAGAGUCGUACGAGAUUUAGAAAUAAAACCAAAUAGUUCUGGGACAAUAAAAUCUUCAGUUGCACAGAAAGAGAAUGAAUUAAGCGAGCCAACAUUGUGUUCGAGCGUCGCUUUAGCGAACUACUUGAAUGAUGUGAAAAGAUCCCUGCCACGUCCACUUUCUGCUGAAGACCAUUACAUAGAUAAAGCUAAGGCCACAGCUAAAAUGACCAAAAAACUUAACUUCCAAUUUAAUGACAGAAUUUACAACAAUCUCAUUGAACUAAAUGCAAACAUAGAAGAAUCAAGGACAAAGAAGGACAAAAGAAGUUCCCGGACUUCUGUGAAGCGAGACAUUGAACCAAACAUAGAAGACUUUUUUGAACAUAAAAUAGAAAAAGAUUCUGCCCCUGAAGUUAUAUUAAUAAAACCAAAGUUCAAACCUCUGCGGAAGGUUGAAGAGGGUUCACUGCAUGCAUUAGUAGCCUCUUUUGAAGAUUUAUGACAAAACAUCAUAUUUUGUAUCAAAUAUAGUUAAAUAAAAUAAAGCAUGCACAUGUAAUAGGUA